CACAAUACACCCAUUCAGUGGAUGGAGUUGGAGGAGAGAAGUGCUUUCAGUCUUGCGUUGAAUAUUUGCUCUGGCCAACGAUCGCUUGUAGUUGACCGGUUUGAAGAUGUCUGACGGGGGUGGAGGUGAAGAUAGCUCGGGGAACAUGGAGGUGUCCGCUGUCGUGCAGACGGUUGCCGAUACUUCGGUUCUGCAAAAGCAUAUUCGCAAACUAGUCCCUCUGCUUCUAGAAGAUGGCGGCGAGGCUCCGGCCUCCCUGGAAACCGCCCUAGAAGAAAAGAGUGCGGUGGAGCAGAUGAGGAAAUUCCUCUCAGACCCUCAAGUACACACCAUUCUGGUUGAGAGGUGUACUUUAAAAGAGGAUGUUGGGGAUGAGGGAGAAGAGGAGAAGGAGUGCAUCUCCUACAACAUCAGCAUUGAUAUUCGCUACGGGCUGAAAUCCAACAGUUUGGCGUUCAUCAAGAGGACAGGCGUCAUUGAUGCAGACAAGCCCAUUUCUACCCAAGUGCGUGUCCUUACUUUGAGUGAAGAUUCCCCCUAUGAGACCCUCCACUCUUUCAUCAGUAAUGCCGUCGCCCCUUUCUUCAAGUCCUACAUCCGAGAGUCUGGAAAGGCUGACAGGGAUGGGGAUAAGAUGGCACCCUCUGUGGAGAAGAAGAUUGCAGAGCUGGAGAUGGGGCUGCUGCACCUGCAGCAGAACAUUGAGAUCCCAGAGAUAAGUCUCCUCAUCCACCCCAUCAUCACCAACAUCGCCAAGCAGUGCUACGAGCGUGGAGAGAAGCCCAAGGUCACAGAUUUUGGAGAUAAGGUUGAGGACCCCACCUUCCUCAAUCAGCUGCAGUCAGGCGUCAACCGCUGGAUCAGGGAAAUCCAGAAGGUGACCAAACUGGACCGCGACCCUGCCUCUGGGACAGCACUGCAGGAGAUCAGCUUCUGGCUGAACCUGGAGCGUGCUCUAAACCGCAUCCAGGAGAAGAGGGAGAGUCCGGAGGUGCUGCUCACUCUAGACAUCCUCAAACACGGCAAGCGCUUCCACGCCACCGUCAGCUUUGACACUGACACUGGUCUGAAGCAGGCCGUGGAGACCGUCAAUGACUACAAUCCCCUGAUGAAAGACUUCCCGCUCAACGACCUUCUGUCAGCAACAGAGUUGGACAAGAUCCGCCAGGCCUUGGUGGCCAUCUUCACCCACCUGCGCAAGAUCCGCAACACCAAAUACCCAAUCCAACGUGCCCUUCGUCUGGUUGAGGCCAUCUCCCGGGACCUAAGUGCCCAACUUCUCAAGGUCCUGGGUACCAGGAAGCUGAUGCAUGUAGCUUAUGAAGAAUUUGAGAAGGUCAUGGUGGCGUGCUUUGAGGUAUUCCAGACCUGGGAGGAUGAGUAUGAGAAACUGCAAGUGCUGCUAAGGGACAUUGUGAAGAGAAAGAGGGAGGAGAACUUGAAGAUGGUGUGGCGCCUUAGCCCCGCCCACCGUAAGCUGCAGGCCCGUCUGGAUCACAUGAGACGCUUCCGACGGCAGCAUGAGCAGCUGAGGGCUGUCAUCGUGCGCGUUCUUCGACCUCAGGUGUCAGCUGUGCCCCAGCACACACAGGGUGAAACAGUGGAACCACCUGACAUGAAGGUGGCCGAGGUUCUGUUUGAUGCGGCCGAUGCCAACGCCAUUGAAGAGGUGAACCUUGCCUACGAGAACGUGAAGGAGGUGGACGGCCUCGACGUGUCCAAAGAGGGGAUGGAGGCUUGGGAGGCAGCCAUGAAGCGCUACGACGAGCGAAUCGACCGCGUGGAGACCCGCAUAACUGCCCGUCUGCGCGACCAGCUGGGAACUGCCAAGAACGCCAACGAGAUGUUCCGCAUCUUCUCCCGCUUCAACGCCCUCUUUGUUCGGCCACACAUCCGAGGGGCCAUCCGUGAGUACCAGACGCAGCUCAUCCAGCGUGUUAAGGAUGACAUUGAGUCUCUGCAUGACAAGUUCAAGGUGCAGUACCCCCAGAGCCAGUCUUGCAAGAUGAGCCAUGUCCGAGACCUGCCUCCAGUGUCGGGCUCCAUCAUCUGGGCUAAACAGAUUGACCGGCAGCUGACUGCCUACAUGAAGCGUGUUGAGGAUGUCCUGGGAAAGGGCUGGGAGAACCACGUGGAGGGCCUCAAGCUCAAGCAGGACGGUGACAGCUUCCGCGCCAAGCUGAACACCCAGGAGAUCUUUGAUGACUGGGCCCGGAAGGUACAGCAGCGCAACCUGGGCGUGUCAGGCCGCAUCUUUACCAUCGAGAGCAGCCGUGCCCGGGGCCGCACAGGCAACAUGCUGAAGCUCAAGGUAAAUUUCCUGCCUGAGAUCAUCACUCUCUCCAAGGAAGUGCGGAACCUGAAAUGGCUUAGCUUCCGUGUGCCCCUGGCCAUUGUCAACAAAGCCCAUCAGGCCAACCAGCUCUACCCCUUUGCCAUCUCCCUUAUUGAGAGUGUGCGCACCUACGAGCGCACCUGUGAGAAGGUGGAGGAGCGUAUAUCCAUCUCCCUGCUUGUGGCUGGGCUGAAGAAGGAGGUGCAGGCCUUAAUCACUGAAGGCAUCGCUCUAGUGUGGGAGUCCUACAAGCUGGAUCCAUAUGUGCAACGUCUAGCUGAAACAGUCUUCAACUUCCAGGAAAAGGUUGAUGACCUCCUCCUCAUUGAGGAGAAGAUUGAUCUUGAGGUGCGCUCUCUGGAGACCUGCAUGUAUGACCAUAAAACCUUCACUGAGAUCCUGAACCGUGUGCAGAAAGCUGUGGAUGACCUCAAUCUGCACUCGUACUCGAACCUGCCCAUUUGGGUCAACAAGCUUGACAUUGAGAUCGAGAGGAUCCUGGGCGUACGUCUGCAGGCUGGACUCAGGGCCUGGACACAGGUGCUGAGGGGGCAGAUGGAGGAUAAGGCUGAUGUGGACAUGGACACAGAAGCUCCACAAGUGAGCCACAAGCCUGGAGGAGAGCCCAAAAUCAAGAAUGUUGUGCAUGAGCUACGAAUCACCAACCAAGUGAUCUACCUUAACCCUCCCAUCGAAGACUGCCGCUACAAGCUAUUCCAAGAGAUGUUCUCUUGGAAGAUGGUCAUCCUCUCCCUCCCACGCAUCCAGAGUCAGAGAUACCAGGUGGGCGUACACUACGAGCUGUCAGAAGAGGAAAAGUUCUACAGAAAUGCUCUUACCCGGAUGCCUGAUGGCCCAGCUGCCCUGGAAGAGGCCUACAAUGCAGUUAAGGAGAACGUCAACGAGGUGGAGCAGUACGUCAAGGUGUGGCUGCAGUACCAGUGCCUGUGGGACAUGCAAGCUGAGAACAUUUAUAACCGCCUCGGAGAAGACCUCAACAAGUGGCAGGCCCUGCUGGUCCAAAUUCGUAAAGCCAGAGGGACUUUUGACAAUGCAGAGACAAGGAAGGAGUUUGGUCCUGUGGUCAUAGACUAUGGCAAGGUUCAGUCAAAGGUGAAUCUGAAGUAUGACUCAUGGCACAAGGAGGUGCUCAGCAAAUUUGGGCAGAUGUUGGGAAACAACAUGCAGGACUUCCAUUCCCAGAUCUCCAAGUCUCGGCAAGAACUAGAGCAGCACUCCGUGGACACAGCCAGCACCUCGGACGCUGUGACUUUCAUUACCUAUGUCCAGACACUCAAGCGCAAGAUCAAGCAGUUUGAGAAGCAAGUUGAUCUCUUCCGCAAUGGCCAGCGUCUGCUGGAGAAGCAGCGCUUCCAGUUCCCGCCUUCCUGGUUGUACAUUGACAAUAUUGAGGGUGAGUGGGGAGCCUUCAGUGACAUCAUGAAGCGCAAGGACACAGCCAUCCAGCAGCAGGUGGCAAACCUCCAGAUGAAGAUCGUCCAGGAAGACCGGGCUGUUGAGAACCGCACUACUGACCUGCUGACCGACUGGGAGAAGACUAAGCCUGUUGCCGGAAACCUUCGUCCAGAGGAGGCGCUGCAGUCCCUCACCAUCUAUGAGGGCAAGUUUGGCCGAUUAAAGGAUGACAGAGAGAAGUGUGCCAGAGCCAAAGAGGCCCUGGAGCUGACCGACACUGGUCUGCUGAGUGGCAGCGAGGAGAGGGUGCAGGUGGCACUGGAGGAGCUUCAAGACCUGAAGGGAGUGUGGUCAGAGUUGUCCAAGGUGUGGGAGCAGAUCGACCAGAUGAAAGAGCAGCCAUGGGUCUCUGUGCAACCACGCAAGCUGCGGCAGAGCUUGGACGGGCUUCUGAACCAGCUGAAGAACUUCCCAGCACGGUUGCGACAGUAUGCUUCUUAUGAAUAUGUGCAGAGGCUCCUCAAGGGCUACAUGAAGAUCAACAUGCUUGUGAUCGAGCUGAAGUCCGAAGCCCUGAAGGACCGGCACUGGAAGCAGUUGAUGAAGAGGCUGCAUGUGAACUGGGUGCUGUCUGAGCUGACGCUGGGCCAGCUCUGGGAUGUAGAUCUGCAAAAGAAUGAGAUGAUUGUGAAGGACGUGCUGCUGGUGGCCCAGGGAGAGAUGGCUCUUGAGGAGUUCCUCAAGCAGAUUCGGGAGGUGUGGAACUCUUAUGAACUGGACUUGGUCAACUACCAGAACAAGUGUCGCCUCAUCAGAGGUUGGGACGAUCUCUUCAACAAGGUCAAGGAGCACAUCAACAGUGUGUCAGCAAUGAAGCUCUCUCCCUACUACAAGGUGUUUGAAGAAGACGCACUGAGCUGGGAAGACAAGCUGAACCGCAUCAUGGCUUUGUUUGACGUGUGGAUUGAUGUUCAGCGUCGUUGGGUCUACCUGGAGGGCAUCUUUACUGGCAGUGCAGACAUCAAGCACCUGCUUCCUGUGGAAACCCAGCGGUUCCAGAGCAUCAGCACAGAGUUUCUUGCUCUCAUGAAGAAGGUGACCAAGUCACCCCUGGUGAUGGAUGUGCUGAACAUCCAGGGGGUACAGAGGUCACUGGAGAGACUGGCUGACCUGUUGGGCAAGAUCCAGAAGGCCCUGGGCGAGUACCUGGAGAGAGAGCGCUCGUCUUUCCCCAGGUUCUACUUCGUUGGAGAUGAAGACCUGCUUGAGAUCAUUGGCAACAGCAAGAAUGUGGCCAAGCUGCAGAAGCACUUCAAGAAGAUGUUUGCUGGGGUGUCCAGCAUCCUCCUGAAUGAGGACAGCACAGAGGUGCUGGGCAUCUCCUCCCGCGAAGGAGAAGAGGUCCUCUACAAGACCCCAGUGUCCAUCACUGAGCACCCCAAGAUCAAUGAAUGGCUGACCCUUGUGGAGAAGGAGAUGAGGGUCACCCUGGCCAAGCUGCUGGCUGAGUCGGUCACUGAGGUGGGCGCCUUCAACAAGGGCACCUCCAUCGACCUGAGCACCUACAUUGACUGGAUCGACAGAUACCAGGCCCAGCUGGUGGUUCUUUCGGCCCAGAUUGCCUGGUCCGAAAAUGUGGAGAGCGCUUUGACCACCAUUGCGGGCGGCGUGGACAUGGCGCCUAUGCAGGGAGUCCUGGUCAAUGUGGAGGCUACACUGAAUGUGCUGGCAGACACUGUGCUAAUGGAGCAGCCCCCACUGCGUAGGAGGAAACUGGAGCACCUGAUCACCGAGCUGGUCCACCAGAGGGAUGUGACCAGGACUCUGAUCAAGAACAAGAUUGACAACCCAAAAUCCUUUGAUUGGCUGAGCCAGAUGCGUUUCUACUUUGACCCCAAGCAAACGGAUGUUCUCCAGCAGCUGUCCAUCCAGAUGGCUAAUGCCAAGUUCAACUAUGGCUUUGAGUACCUGGGUGUCCAGGACAAGCUGGUUCAGACCCCACUCACUGACCGCUGCUACCUGACCAUGACACAGGCUCUGGAGGCCCGACUUGGUGGCUCCCCCUUCGGUCCUGCGGGUACUGGAAAGACUGAGUCUGUGAAAGCCCUUGGACACCAACUGGGGCGCUUUGUGCUGGUCUUCAACUGUGACGAGACCUUCGACUUCCAGGCCAUGGGCCGUAUCUUCGUGGGCUUGUGUCAGGUGGGUGCCUGGGGCUGCUUCGACGAGUUUAACCGUCUGGAGGAGAGAAUGCUGUCGGCCGUCUCCCAGCAGGUCCAGUACAUCCAGGUGGCCCUGAGGGAGCACAUCAACCCCAGCCGAGACCGCAGUGCUCCAGUCACCUGCGAGCUGCUGAACAAGCAGGUAAAGGUGAGCGCUGAAAUGGCCAUCUUCAUCACCAUGAACCCUGGCUACGCUGGCCGCUCCAACCUGCCCGACAACCUGAAGAAGCUGUUCCGUAGCUUGGCCAUGACCAAGCCUGACCGCCAGCUCAUCGCCCAGGUCAUGCUGUACUCCCAGGGAUUCCGCACUGCUGAGACCCUGGCCAAAAAGAUUGUCCCCUUCUUCAAGCUUUGCGAUGAGCAGCUGUCCUCUCAGAGCCACUACGACUUCGGCCUGCGAGCCCUGAAGAGCGUGCUGGUGAGCGCCGGCAACGUGAAGCGAGAGCGCAUCCAGAAGAUCAAGCGUGAGAAACGCGAGCGUGGGGAGAACGUGGACGAGAACGAGAUUGCCGAGAACCUGCCCGAGCAGGAGAUCCUGAUCCAGAGCGUAUGCGAGACCAUGGUGCCCAAGCUGGUGGCGGAGGACAUCCCCUUGCUGUUCAGCCUGCUGUCCGACGUCUUCCCCGGCGUGCAGUACAUGCGCGGGGAGAUGACUGCACUCCGCGAGGAGCUCAAGAAAGUCUGCGCCGAGAUGUACCUCACCUACGGAGACGGUGACGACGUGGGAAGCAUGUGGGUCGAGAAGGUUCUUCAGCUCUACCAGAUCACGCAGAUCAACCACGGCUUGAUGAUGGUGGGCCCGUCGGGCAGUGGGAAGACCAUGGCCUGGAGGGUGCUGCUCAAAGCCCUGGAGAGACUGGAGGGCGUGGAGGGUGUGGCCCACAUCAUCGACCCCAAAGCCAUCAGCAAGGACCAUCUGUAUGGUACACUGGACCCCAACACCCGCGAGUGGACCGACGGGCUGUUCACGCACGUGCUCAGGAAGAUCAUCGACAACGUGCGAGGUGAGCUGCAGAAGCGCCAGUGGAUCAUCUUUGACGGCGACGUCGACCCAGAGUGGGUGGAGAACCUCAACUCCGUGCUGGACGACAACAAGCUACUGACUCUGCCUAAUGGCGAGCGUCUCAGCCUGCCGCCCAAUGUGCGCAUCAUGUUCGAGGUGCAGGACCUGAAGUAUGCCACCUUGGCCACCGUGUCUCGCUGCGGGAUGGUGUGGUUCAGCGAGGACGUCCUCAGCACUGACAUGAUCUUCAACAACUUCCUGUCUCGCCUGCGCAGCAUCCCUCUGGACGAGGGCGAAGACGAGGCCCAGCGCAUGCGCAAGGGCACAGAGGAUGAGGGCGAAGAGGCCGCCUCCCCCAUGCUGCAGAUCCAGCGGGAUUCAGCUGCCAUCCUGCAGCCCUACUUCACCUCCACUGGGCUGGUGAUCAAGGCCCUGGAGCACGCCUCUAAGAUGGAGCACAUCAUGGACUUCACCCGGCUGCGCUGCAUGGGGUCGCUCUUCUCCAUGCUUCACCAGGCCUGCCGCAACGUUGCAUUGUACAACAACAACCACCCUGACUUCCCCAUGCCCAUCGACCAGCUGGAGCGCUACAUGCAGAGGUACCUGAUCUACGCCGUCCUGUGGUCCUUCUCCGGCGACGGCAGGCUGAAAAUGAGAGCCGAGCUGGGCGAGUACAUCCGCCGCAUCACAACCAUCCCCCUGCCAUCUGCUCCCAAUGUGCCAAUCAUCGACUACGAGGUGUCUAUCACAGGUGAGUGGCAGUCAUGGCAAGGAAAAGUGCCCCAGAUUGAAGUGGAGACACACAAGGUAGCAUCCCCAGACGUGGUGGUGCCCACCCUGGACACUGUUCGCCACGAGGCCCUGUUGUAUACUUGGCUGGCGGAACACAAGCCCCUGGUUCUGUGCGGUCCUCCCGGCUCUGGUAAAACCAUGACCCUGUUCAGCGCCCUCCGAGCCCUGCCCGACAUGGAGGUUGUGGGUCUGAACUUCUCCAGCGCUACCACCCCAGAGCUGCUCUUGAAGACCUUUGACCACUACUGCGAGUACCGCCGAACACCCAACGGCGUGGUGCUGGCACCAGUGCAGCUGGGCAAGUGGCUGGUGCUGUUCUGCGAUGAGAUUAACCUGCCAGAUAUGGACAAGUAUGGCACCCAGAGAGUCAUCUCCUUCCUCAGACAGAUGGUGGAACACGGAGGGUUCUACCGCACCUCUGACCAGACGUGGGUCAAACUGGAGAGGAUCCAGUUCGUCGGUGCCUGUAACCCGCCCACCGACCCUGGACGGAAGCCCCUGACGCACAGAUUCCUGCGCCAUGUGCCGGUUGUGUACGUGGACUACCCUGGCCCCGCCUCCCUCACCCAGAUCUACGGAACCUUCAACCGCGCCAUGCUGAGGCUCAUCCCCUCUCUGCGUACCUAUGCAGAGCCCCUUACCGCCGCCAUGGUGGAGUUCUACACUAUGUCACAGGAGCGUUUUACUCAGGACACCCAGCCUCACUACAUCUACUCCCCCCGAGAGAUGACUCGGUGGGUAAGGGGGAUUUUCGAGGCACUGCGGCCCCUGGAGACCCUCCCUGUGGAGGGCUUGAUCCGCAUCUGGGCCCACGAGGCACUGCGUCUCUUCCAAGACAGACUGGUGGAGGAUGAGGAGAGGCGCUGGACUGACGAGAACAUCGAUGUGGUGGCCCUUAAGCACUUCCCCAACAUUGACCGUGAGAAGGCUCUAAACCGGCCCAUCCUUUACAGCAACUGGCUCUCCAAGGACUAUAUUCCAGUGGAGCAGGAAGAGCUGAGAGACUACGUCAAAGCCCGUCUGAAGGUCUUCUAUGAGGAGGAGCUGGACGUUCCUCUGGUGCUCUUCAAUGAGGUCCUGGAUCACGUUCUCAGGAUUGAUCGAAUCUUCCGCCAGCCACAGGGUCAUCUGCUGCUCAUUGGAGUAAGCGGUGCUGGGAAGACGACCCUGUCCCGCUUCGUAGCCUGGAUGAAUGGCCUCAGUGUGUACCAGAUCAAGGUGCACAGGAAGUACACAGGUGAAGACUUUGAUGAGGACCUGAGGACUGUGCUUAGACGUUCUGGCUGCAAGAACGAGAAGAUCGCCUUCAUCAUGGAUGAGUCCAAUGUUCUGGACUCUGGCUUCCUAGAGCGCAUGAACACCCUGCUGGCUAAUGGAGAGGUGCCAGGACUGUUUGAGGGCGAUGAGUAUGCCACCCUGAUGACACAGUGCAAGGAAGGGGCACAGAAAGAGGGUCUGAUGCUGGACACCCAUGAGGAGCUAUACAAGUGGUUCACCAGCCAGGUCAUCAGGAACCUGCACGUGGUUUUCACCAUGAAUCCGUCCUCCGAGGGUCUAAAAGACCGUGCCGCCACCUCCCCCGCCCUCUUCAACAGAUGCGUGCUGAAUUGGUUUGGUGACUGGUCCACAGAAGCCCUUUACCAGGUCGGCAAAGAAUUCACCAGCAAGAUGGACCUGGAGAAGCCAAAUUACAAAGUGCCAGAUUACAUGCCCGUUGUCUAUGACAAGCUGCCCCAGCUACCCACCCACCGCGAGGCCAUCGUCAACGGCUGCGUGUUCGUCCACCAGACCCUGCACCAGGCAAACAACCGUCUGGCUAAGCGUGGUGGGCGCACCAUGGCCAUCACCCCACGCCACUACCUGGACUUCAUCAACCACUAUGCAGACCUGUUCAGCGAGAAGCGCAGUGAGCUGGAGGAGCAACAGAUGCAUCUGAAUGUGGGUUUGCGCAAGAUCAAGGAGACCGUGGACCAGGUUGAGGAGCUCCGUCGUGAUCUGAGAAUCAAGAGCCAGGAACUGGAGGUGAAGAACGCUGCUGCCAAUGACAAGCUGAAGAAGAUGGUUAAGGACCAGCAGGAAGCCGAAAAGAAGAAGGUUGUGAGUCAGGAGAUCCAGGAAGCUGUUUACAGGCAACAGGAAGUGAUCAAGGACAAGCAGUUGCGUGUGAAGCAGGACCUGGACCAGGUGGAACCUGCUGUCAUUGAGGCUCAGAACGCUGUUAAGUCCAUUAAGAAGCAGCACCUGGUGGAGGUGCGGUCCAUGGCCAACCCACCGGGGGCGGUCAAGCUGGCCCUGGAGUCCAUCUGCCUGCUCCUAGGGGAGAGCACCACGGACUGGAAGCAGAUCCGCUCCAUCAUUAUGAGGGAGAACUUCAUACCCACCAUUGUUAACUUUUCUGCUGAUGAAAUCAGUGACUCAAUCCGUGAGAAGAUGAAGAAGAACUACAUGUCCAAUCCCAGCUACAACUACGAGCAGGUCAACAGGGCGUCACUAGCCUGUGGACCUAUGGUCAAAUGGGCUAUUGCUCAGUUGAACUACGCGGACAUGCUGAAGCGCGUGGAGCCUCUGCGCAACGAGCUGCAGAAGCUGGAGGACGACGCCACGGACAACAAGUCCAAAGCGGAGGAGGUGGAGCAGAUGAUCCGGGACCUGGAGUCGAGCAUCGCCCGCUACAAGGAAGAGUACGCCGUGCUCAUCUCCGAAGCCCAGGCCAUCAAGGCCGACCUGGCCGCAGUGGAGGCCAAGGUGAACCGCAGCACGGCCCUGCUCAAGAGUCUGUCCGCUGAGCGCGAACGCUGGGAGAAGACCAGCGAGACGUUUAAGAACCAGAUGUCCACCAUCGCCGGGGACUGCUUGCUGUCGGCCGCCUUCAUCGCCUACGCCGGCUACUUUGACCAGCAGAUGCGUCAAAACCUCUUCACCACCUGGUCGCAUCACCUGCAGCAGGCUAACAUCCAGUUCCGCACAGAUAUUGCUCGGACGGAGUACCUGUCCAAUGCGGACGAGCGGCUACGUUGGCAGGCUAACUCCCUGCCAGCUGAUGACCUCUGCACUGAGAACGCCAUCAUGCUGAAGAGGUUCAACAGGUACCCCCUCAUCAUCGACCCCUCAGGCCAAGCCACUGAGUUUAUCAUGAACGAGUACAAGGACCGCAAGAUCACCAGAACCAGCUUCCUGGAUGAUGCCUUCAGGAAGAAUCUGGAGAGUGCUCUGCGAUUUGGAAACCCUCUGCUGGUGCAGGACGUGGAGAGCUACGAUCCCAUCCUGAAUCCCGUGCUCAACAGGGAGGUGCGCAGGACCGGUGGCCGAGUGCUCAUCACCCUCGGCGACCAGGACAUUGACUUGUCCCCGUCCUUCGUCAUUUUCCUCUCCACACGAGACCCCACGGUGGAGUUCCCGCCAGACCUGUGCUCGCGUGUGACCUUUGUGAACUUCACCGUGACGCGCAGCAGUCUGCAGAGCCAGUGCCUGAACGAGGUGCUGAAGGCGGAGAGGCCCGACGUGGAUGAGAAGCGCUCGGACCUCCUCAAACUGCAGGGUGAAUUCCAGCUGCGUCUCAGGCAGCUGGAGAAGUCCCUGCUGCAGGCCCUGAAUGAGGUCAAGGGUCGCAUCCUGGAUGACGACACCAUCAUCACAACCUUGGAGAACCUGAAGAAGGAGGCCGCGGAGGUGACCCGGAAGGUGGAGGAGACAGACAUCGUUAUGCAGGAGGUGGAGACUGUGUCCCAGCAGUACCUGUCUCUGUCCUCUGCCUGCAGCAGCAUCUACUUCACCAUGGAGGCCCUCAACCAGAUACACUUCCUGUACCAGUACUCCCUGCACUUCUUCCUGGACAUCUACCACACCGUGCUGUAUGAGAACCCCAACCUGAGGAGCGUGAGCGACCACAGCCAGCGCCUAGUGCACAUAACCAAAGACCUCUUCCAGAUUGCUUUCAACAGAGUGGCACGAGGCAUGCUGCACAGUGACCACAUCACCUUCGCCAUGCUCCUAGCCAGGAUCAGCCUGAAAAGCAAGACCAGCGAGCCGGCCUACGAUUCAGAGUUCCAGCACUACCUGCGUGGGAAGGAGAUCGUGCUGGCCGGCACUUCCAUUCCGAAGGUGAAGGGCCUGACCACCGACCAGUGCGAGGCCACGAUCCGGCUAAGCCGCCUGGCCGCCUUCAACGACCUAGUGUCUAAAGUGCAGGCCGAUGAGCAGUUCUUCAUGUGGUUGGAAAGCAACUCCCCCGAGCUGUCUGUUCCAUACCUGUGGACUGAGGAGAAAACAUCGACUCCGAUCGGCCAGGCCGUUCACCAGCUGCUGCUGAUCCAGGCCUUCAGGCCUGACCGCAUGCUGGCCAUGUCCCACAUCUUUGUGUCCAAGGUCCUGGGAGAACACUUCAUGUCCAUCAUUGAACAGCCCCUGGAUCUGGCUAGCAUCGUCGACAGUGAGGUGAAGCCUGGCACACCGGUCCUCAUGUGCUCUGUACCCGGGUACGACGCCAGUGGGCUGGUGAGAGACCUGGCAGCCGAACAGAACAAGCACAUCACGUCCAUCUCCAUUGGCUCUGCUGAAGGAUUCAACAAGGCCGACCGGGACAUCAAUACCGCCGUCAAGUCUGGCAGGUGGGUAAUGCUGGAGAACGUCCACCUGGCGCCGGGUUGGCUGAUGCAGCUGGAGAAGAAGCUGCACUCCAUGCAGCCUCACGCCAGCUUCCGCCUCUUCCUCACCAUGGAGAUCAACCCCAAGGUACCCGUGAACCUGCUCCGGGCUGGUCGCAUCUUCGUCUUUGAGCCGCCGCCCGGUGUGAAGGCCAACAUGCUGAGGACGUUCAGCAGCAUUCCUGUGGCGCGCAUGUGCAAGGCUCCAAACGAGCGCGCCCGCCUGUAUUUCCUCCUGGCCUGGUUCCACGCCGUCAUCCAGGAACGACUGCGCUACGCCCCGCUGGGCUGGUCCAAGAAGUAUGAGUUUGGAGAGUCGGACCUGCGCUCUGCCUGUGACACCGUGGACACCUGGCUGGACGACACUGCCAAGGGACGGCAGAACAUCUCCCCAGACAAGAUCCCCUGGGCAGCCCUGAAGACCCUGAUGGCUCAGUCCAUCUACGGAGGCCGCAUUGACAACGAGUUUGACCAGCGUCUGCUGAACACCUUCCUGGACCGCAUCUUCACCACCAGCAGCUUCGACAGCGAGUUCAAGCUAGCCUUCAAGGUGGAUGGACACAAGGACAUCAAGAUGCCUGAUGGCAUCAGACGCGAGGAGUUCAUGCACUGGGUAGAGAUGCUGCCCGACACCCAGACCCCAUCCUGGCUGGGGUUGCCCAGCAAUGCUGAGAAGGUCUUGCUCACCACUCAGGGCACUGACAUGAUGGGUAAGAUGCUGAAAAUGCAGAUGUUGGAGGAUGAGGACGACCUGGCCUACGAGACGGAGAAGAAGAAGCGCACCAGCUCCUCCUCGGACGCCCAACCCGCCUGGAUGAGGACCCUGCACACCACCUCCUGCAACUGGCUGCAGCUCAUCCCGCAGACCGUCAACCACCUCAAGCGCACCGUGGAGAACAUCAAGGACCCGCUCUUCCGCUUUUUCGAGCGGGAGGUGAAGAUGGGCGCGCGGAUGCUACAGGACGUGCGGCAGGACCUGACCGACGUUGUGCAUGUGUGCGAGGGCAAGAAGAAACAGACCAACGUGCUGCGCACGCUCAUCAACGACCUCGUCAAAGGUAUCCUCCCUCGCUCCUGGUCUCGCUACACUGUCCCGACUUCCAUGACGGUGAUCCAGUGGGUGGCAGACUUCAGCGAUCGCAUCAAGCAGCUGCAGAUGAUCUCACAGGCAGCGGCCAGCGGGGGCGCCAAAGAGCUGAAGAACAUCCACGUGUGCCUGGGCAGCAUGUUUGUGCCUGAGGCUUACAUCACUGCCACCAGGCAGUACGUUGCCCAGGUUAACAGCUGGUCCCUGGAGGAGCUCUGCCUGGAGGUCAACGUCACCACCUCCCAGGGUGCAGCGCUCGACGCGUGCAGCUUCGGCAUCAAAGGUCUGAAGCUGCAGGGUGCCACCUGUAGCAACAACAAGCUGUCGCUGUCCACAGCCAUCUCCACUGAGCUCCCACUCACUCAGCUCCACUGGUUGAAGCAGUGCAACACAGAGAAGAGGAACAUGGUCACUCUCCCUGUGUACCUCAACUUCACCCGAGCUGACCUGAUCUUCACCGUGGACUUCGACAUCGCCACCAAGGAGGACCCUCACAACUUCUAUGAGCGUGGGGUGGCUGUGCUCUGCACCGAGUAGAAGGCAACACUAAGGAUGACACAAGAAUUAACUAUCAUACUAUUCAUAGUAGUUUCUCAAAAAAGAAAAAAACAUUUAGUAGAGUAAGUCACAUAGAAUCAGAGAUGCAUUGACAUUAAAGGAACAUUAACAUUUUGUGAAAGUUGUUCAGAAAGUCUUGUGGUAAGAGAAAAAGAGUAAGGGAAAGUCGUUAGUUGGACUGUGUGGGAAGGAAAUGAGAAUGUGGGAUUUGGAGAAUUUUAAAGAGGGAACCUGUAUGUUUUUUAUGAAGGAAACAGUGUUUGGUAUGAUCAUGCAUAAUAAAUCAUAGUAACCAUAA